UCUGACAGCGCCAUAGUGCAGCAGGAGAUCGUGGGCCAGGAGCGCCUCUUCUACGGGGCCUUCAUGGGCAGCGAGACCAGGAACGUGGAGUUCAAGCGGGGCAGCGGGGAGUACCUGCUGGGCACCCUCAAGCACCACGUCCGCAAGUACGUGUGCGCCUUCCUCAACAGCGAGGGCGGCAGCCUCUUCGUGGGCGUGGAGGACACGGGCUUCGUGCACGGCGUCCGCUGCGGGCACCGCGAGGAGGACCGCAUCCGCCUGCUCGUGGACUCCAUCCUCAAGGGCUUCAAGCCCCAGGUGUUCCCCGACACCUACAGCCUGACCUUCAUCCCCGUGGUGAAAGCGGGCGACCCCGGCACGUGUCUCAAGGUGAUCCGGCUGAGCGUGCGGGCGCCGCGGGCGCAGGCCGAGCUGCUGCUCUACGAGACCGACCAGGGCGAGGUCUAUCUGCGCCGCGACGGCAGCAUCCAGGGGCCGCUCUCCGGCAGCGCCAUCCAGGAGUGGUGCCGGCAGAAAUGGUCGGGAGAAUUGAAGAAGCUGGAGGAGAAGAUAGAGGUGCUGCUGAAGGAGAAGGAAGAUCUUCUGCAACAACUCAGGCAGCUGCAGAGCUCGCGGCCCAGGUCCAAAGUCUGCACCAUUGCGUGA